AAUCAUGGCGCAAAUUAAUCUUUGUUUCCGGGUAGCCUUUCUCGCUGCACUUCUCCCUCUGUCCUCAGGUGCCUGUGUUGAUUUAGAUCUUGGAAUGAAAAGUGGAACAAUUUCAAACAGUAACAUUAUCGCUUCAUCUGUACAAAGUGUCAACACACCUGCCGAGAAUGGUCGACUGAACUACACAUCAGGAUCAUCAUGGUGUGCAGGAACAAGUGACACUAACCCAUAUCUACAGAUUGAUCUACAGACACUUCAUGUCAUCUGUGCUGUGUCUACACAAGGAAAUUCUCAAGCAGAUAAGUGGGUGAAGAGCUACACACUGCAAUUUUCCACAAAUGGGACAAACUGGUUUGACUACAAAGAAGGUGGACAAGUGAAGUUUCUGAGAGGAAAUGAUGACAGGAACUCAGAAGUGAAGCAUGUUGUUUAUGGAGUGUUAACAAGAUAUCUGCGAUUCCUGCCAAAUACACAUUGGGGUGGGGUGUGUAUGAGAACAGAGGUGUUCGGAGUUAAACAAAAGCCAACUUGUGAAAUAGAGGCCAUUGGUCUGGCGUAUGGUGGUAAAAUUCCAGACAGUAGCUUCACAGCAUCAUCAUACUUUAAUUAUAUCUAUGGACCCUCUAAAGGUCGCCUUAAAGGAGGUCAUCAGGGAUGGGGACCCAAGGGUAUAAGAAAUGGUGACUACCUACAAAUUGACCUGCUGUAUGAGUAUGUUAUCUGUGCAGUAGCUACUCAAGGAGCUAAUGGAUUUAGCGAGUGGACAACACAGUACAAGAUUCAUUUAUCAUUGAAUGGUACCAGUUUUGUCACCUACCAAGAAGACAAUGUUGACAGGGUCUUUCAGGGAAACUCAGAUCGAAAUGGAAUCGUAACCAACAGUCUUGAGGAAUUUUCAAUUGCAAGGAUUAUUCGCUUUGAGCCAACAGCAUAUCAUGCUUGGAAGGUUCUGAGAGUGGAAGUUUAUGGAGUUCUUUUAACUAAAGUUCCAUCACAACCCCCUACUUCCUUCAGAUUGGCUGCAAUUUCUUCUACCAGUAUCACAGCUUCCUGGCAGCUACCACCAAUCUUUGCUAGACAUGGAAUUAUCACAGGGUUUAAACUGUUCUACAAAAAGAAAGUUUGUGGUGGAUCAGCAACAACCUUGACUAUAAUUGGAAAUGGAUCAAUACGAAGUAGCAAUGUCACUGGGCUUGAUAAGUACACAGAAUAUGAAUUUCAAGUCCUGGCAUAUACAGUUGAUGGUGAUGGACCGAAGAGCCCUGUUGAGGUGAAGACAACAAAGGGAGAUGGAGAAUGUGUUGAGUUUGAUCUAGGAAUGGAGGGUGGAAAAAUUCCAGACAGUAGAAUAACUGCUUCUUCUUCCAGCACACCAGCAGAGAAUGGUCGACUAAACUACGCAUUGGGAGCAUCAUGGUGUGCAGGAACAAGUGACACUAACCCAUAUCUACAGAUUGAUCUACAGACACUUCAUAUCAUCUGUGCUGUGUCUACUCAAGGGAAUUCUCAGGCAGAUCAGUGGGUGAAGACCUAUAAACUACUAUUAUCCACAAAUGGGACAACUUGGAUGGACUAUAGGGAAGGAGGACAGGUUAAGGUUUUAGUGGGAAAUGAGGACAGAAACUCAAAAGUCAAACAUAUUCUGUAUGGAGUGUUAACGAGAUAUGUACGAUUCCUGCCACAAACACACCAGGGUGGGGUGUGUAUGAGAACAGAGGUAUUUGGGGUAAAUCAAAAGUCAAUAUGUGACAUACAGGCCAUUGGGUUGGCCAGCAGUGGUUGGAUUCCAGAUGACAGUUUCUCAACCAGUUCGAUAUUUAGUAGCGGUUAUGCAGCUAAAUAUGGUCGCCUUAAUGGAACAAGGGUAUGGAAACCUAACACUACAACUGAUCCAAAUGACUACCUACAAAUUGACUUACUCUAUGAGUAUGUUAUCUGUGCUGUAGCUACUCAAGGAAAUCCACCAUCCCAAUCGUCAGCACUAGAAUGGACCACACAGUACAAACUAAGAUUUUCGCUCAAUGGUACCACAUUUUUUCCUUAUAAAGAAAAUAACAUUGACAAGGUCUUUCGCGGAAAUUCAGGAAAAACUGACACAGUGAAAAACAGUCUCGAGGAAUUUGCAAGCACAAAGUUUAUCCGCUUUCAGCCAACAGCAUAUCAUAAAUACAAGGCUCUGAGAGUGGAAGUUUAUGGAGUACCUCUGACUAGAGUUCCAUCAAAACCUCCUACUACUUUCAAGUUGACUGCAAGCUCUUCUACGAGCAUCAAAGCUUCCUGGCAGUUACCACCAGUCUUUGCCAGACAUGGAAGAAACAUAACAGGGUUUAAACUGUUCUGCAAAAAAAAAGGUUCUGGAGGGUCGGGAGCAACCUUGACUGUUAGGGGGGGAUCAACAUUAAAUAGACUUGUCACCGGGCUUGAUUAUUACACAGAAUAUGAAUUUCAAGUGUUGGCGUUCACUUCUGCUGGGGAUGGACCAAAAAGUUCUCUAGAGGUGGAAAGGACAAUGGAAGAUGCUCCUUCACAACCUCCAUCUAACUUCACCGUCUCUGCAACCUCGUCUACAAGUGUAACAGGAUCGUGGCAAUUACCGCCUGGAAAUUCGAGAAAUGGAAUAAUUAAAGGAUUCAAACUCUUUUACAAAAGGAAAGACUCCUCAGGAUUAGGAACAAUCCUUCCUAUCAACAAUGAAUCAAGUUUAAACAUAAAUGUUACUGGUCUUAACAAGUACACAGAAUAUGAAUUUCAAGUGUUGGCCUUCACUUCUGUUGGGGAUGGACCAAAGAGCUCCGUGGUUGUUGAGAGAACAAAAGAAGAUGCACUCAAGAUGUCACUGGGCUUGAUAAGUUCACAGAAUAUGAAUUUCAAAUAUUGGCCUUCACUUCUGUUGGGAAUGGACCAAAAAGUACAGCUAUUUUUGAGAAAACAAAAGAGGCUGCUCCUUCACAACCUCCCUCUCAGUUUGUUGUCAGUGUGGACUCUUCAACUAGUAUGACAGCAUCAUGGCAACUACCAUGGAAAGACUCUAGACAUGGAAUCAUCAAAGGAUUUAAACUGUUCUAUAAAAAGAAAGACUCAGGCCCAGAAAUUUCCUUGACUAUUGACAAUGGAAACACAUCAACUCCCAGUGCACCUCGGUUUUUGUCUUCUGUUGAUGUGCCACCCAGCAAUUUGCAUGGCCCUAGAAUAACAUUGUCCUGGUGUAAGCCUGCAGAUCCAAAUGGAGUUUUAAGGGAUUACACCUUGUUUUAUAGUCACGGUGGAGUUGUGACAAGAGAGGUUUCUGGUAUAGACAAAGAUGCAUUGAAUCACACAGUUGAUGUGUUGGGUGGAGUGACUUAUCAGUUUCAUGUCAGAGCUGUGACUAUUAAACCUGGACCAAAUGGGACAACAACUGUAACUGCCAAGGAAUACAAGCCCAGUUGUGGACCAGAAGCGGUAUCUUCUUCUGCAGUGAACUCCUCAGAAAUGAAUGUAACUUGGCUUGGACUGCCAAGAGAAGUAGCCCACAGUGAUAUCAUAAGAUAUGAGGUUAGGCUCAGUGUGCUGGAAAACUGGAAAGGGAUCCAGUCUGCCUAUCAUUCAACCAUUAACACAUCUACAACUUAUGUUCUCGUCAGUGGACUCGCUUGGUGUGCCAAGUACGAAGUGUCUGUUCGAGGCUACACUGUUGCGGGGCCUGGACCCUACAGUAGACCUUAA